UAACUUCGAUCACCAGUCAGUGGCCACAUGCAAUGGGUGGGAGCUGAACAACUUACCGCCUAUCUAUCUAAACUGGGACGUGAAGUUCUUCCAACUACAUAUAUCGUGCGUAAACAUAACGGAUCUGGACAUAGAAAACGACAUUUCCAUUACGGCCGCGGGAGCGACAAGGUGGGGCUUGUCUUUUUACAUCGAAGCAACAAUUUAUCCUCGAUAACUUUGCUGCAGCAGGUGGUCACCGUGUGGCAGUGGACAAUCACUGUGAAUGAAUAUGGAAAUAUGAAGUUGUUUUAUGACAACGCGUAGACUGAUAUGAACUGAAGGCUUAUUGUCUUACGUGAAAGGUGUGAAAAAUGUUUGGUGCGUGCUUCUAGAGAUCAGGUCGUUUUUUUUUGUCGGAAUACUUCUUUAGUUCAACACGAUUGAGUGAGACUCAAAAUAAUUGCUGUCUUCAGAAACUUUUAUUACAUUUUGCGGUGAAACUAUGGCUUUUGCUAGAUUAAGCCAAAUACUUCGCUUGUCUUCUUUUGACAUGAAAAAGAAGACAAAGCGAUAUGAACACGUUCAUCGAGACAUCAAUCCUAAUGACCAAUGGGAAAUUAUCGGAGAAUUGGGUGAUGGAGCAUUUGGAAAAGUUUACAAGGCCAAAAACAAGGAGACUGGAGAGCUGGCUGCGGCCAAGGUGAUUGAGACAAAGACUGAAGAGGAGCUGGAGGACUACAUGGUGGAGAUAGACAUCCUGGCCAAGUGUGACCACCACUACAUUAUCAAGCUGCUAGACGCCUUCUACUACGACGCCAAGCUCUGGAUCAUGAUUGAGUUCUGCCCCGGAGGAGCCGUGGACGCAACUAUGUUAGAGCUGGACCGUGGCCUGAUAGAGCCCCAGAUCCAGGUAAUCUGUAAACAGAUGCUGGAGGCCCUGGUCUACCUGCACAGCAUCAAGAUCAUCCACAGAGACUUGAAGGCCGGGAACAUCCUUCUUACACUGGAGGGAGACAUCAAGCUAGCGGAUUUUGGCGUGUCAGCGAAAAAUACCAAAACUCUGCAAAGAAGGGACUCUUUUAUAGGAACACCAUACUGGAUGGCUCCUGAGGUGGUGAUGUGUGAGACCAUGAAGGACGCUCCGUAUGACUACAAGGCUGACAUCUGGUCCCUGGGCAUCACCCUGAUCGAGCUGGCCCAGAUCGAGCCCCCGCACCACGAACUCAACCCCAUGAGGGUCCUGCUGAAGAUAGCCAAGUCUGAGCCCCCUACCCUGGAGCAACCCAGCAAGUGGUCACGGGAGUUUAAGGAUUUCCUGAAAAAGUCGUUGGAUAAGAAUCCAGAGAGUCGGCCAGACGCAGCACAGCUCUUGGAGCACCCCUUUGUCUGCUCGGUGAAGACCAACAGACCCCUGCAAGAGCUGGUUGCCGAGGCGAAGGCUGAAGUCAUGGAGGAAAUUGAGGACAAUAGAGAGGAAGGAGAGGAGGAUGACACCGCUGAGCUCACAGUCCCAGUGUCUCCAGACAAGGACCCGUCUCAGUCUAGUCUAGACGGGGACCAACCCACAGACACACCCUCCAAAACCCCUGUGGUGGACGAGGCCAAACUCCCCCUAAGACCACCCCACAAGGUCGAUGACCAGCUGAUGGACCGACAACUCCCCGACGAUGGCAUCAGCAUUGUGGACUCGGACAAGCCCGAGAGCGAGACCUCCGGUAAGACUGCCUCUGACUCAGGCAUCGAGGAUGGGAAGAGCACCCCCACUUCGGACGAGGGCAAGCCCGUGGACACCCCCGAGACCGAGAACCCACCCCUGCUGGCACAGCCCAAAGUGGUAGAGGUACCAGAGAUACCCCAAAGCCAGGAGGAGGGCAGCAGCAGCACCCUUACCCCAGACCCCACACCUCUGAUCGGGAUGAAUGGCAGCAUGAGGAGUGGGCCUCCGGAGAGGGCCUCUAUAGGGGCUAACAUGGAUAACCUGAUGCCCCACCACAAUGCCAAUGACAGAAUUUCCAAGAGGUACUCUGACGCGGGAAGCAUGUCUGCCUCUGAGAGCAUGGACAUCAGCCUCAACCUGUCAGGAGACAUGUCAGUCAACAAGGACGACGGGACCCUCUCCUCCAGGGUGGACUCUCGCUUCUCCAAUAAGACAUUGAAGCGCACCAGGAAGUUUGUCAUCGACGGCGUGCAGGUCAGUGUGACCACAUCCAAGAUCAUCAGCGAUGAUGAGAAGAAAGAUGAAGAGAUGAGGUUUCUCAGGCGUCAGGAGCUGCGGGACCUGCGUCUGCUGCAGAAGGAGGAGCACCGUGCUCAGGCCUUACUCAACACCAAGCUGGACGCUCAAAGAGAGCAAAUGCAGGCACGCUUCGACCAGGAGAUGAACGUGAAGAAGAAGUACUACGACACGGAGCUGGAGACCCUGGAGAAGCACCAGAAGCAGACCAUUGAGAAGAUGGAGACCGACCACACCGUGAGGCUCAGGGACGAGACCAAACGCAUCCGCGCCGAACAGGACCGCGACUACACCAAGUUCCAGGAGCAGAUGAAGCACAAGAAGAAGGAGGUGAAGAAUGAGGUUGAGAAGCUCCCCAGAAAGACCCGGAAAGAUGCCAUGAAACAGAGAAUGAACAGCUUUACACAGAUGAAGGAAACAGAGGAGCAGAACUUCCUGUCGGACCAGAAGAACCACCUGGACACAACGCUGAAGAGCAUAAUCUCAGAGAACAAGAGGGAUAUCUCCGAGACGGAGAGGCAGUGUCUCGACAAGAAACAACAUCUCGUCAGAGAAAGGGAAGCUACUAUCUGGGACCUAGAGGAGAAGAACCUUCAUGAGAAGCACCAGUUGCUGAAACAGCAGCUCAAAGACCAGUAUUUCCUCCAACGCCACCAGCUGCUCAAGAAGCAUGAGAAGGAACAAGAGCAGAUGCAGUGCUAUAACCAGCGGAUGAUUGAGGUGCUGAAGGCCCGGCAGCAGCAGGAGAAGGGUCGCAUGCCCAAGAUCCAGCGCAGUGAGGGCAAGACCCGCAUGGUCAUGUUCAAGAAGAGCCUCCGCAUCAACUCCACGGGCAGCGCCUCGGAGGACCGCGAGAAGAUCAAACAGUUUGCCCAGCAGGAGGAGAAGCGUCAGAAGGCUGAGCGGCUGCACCAGCAGCAGAAGCAUGAGAGCCAGAUGAGGGACAUGAUUGGCCAGUGUGAAGGCAAUGUCAUGGAGCUGGAGCAGCUACAGAAUGAGAAGUGCCACCUGCUGAUUGAGAACGAGACUCAGAGGCUCAAGUCUCUGGAUGAGCAGCACAACCACCAGCUCAAUGAGUGGAGGGAGCAGCUCAAGCCCAGGAAAACGGCUCUGGAGGAAGAGCUGAACCAGAGAAAGAGGGACCAGGAGGACUUCUUUAAGAUGAGUGAGGACUCCGAGUGCCUCAGCCCCAGCUCCCCAAACAAACUCACCAAGUUCCUCCCUUACUCUGAGUCCUCUACCACGUAGCCUGGCAUCUCUUCCCCUCUAAACACCCUCCUAUCUCCCUGUCAGGACGAACCCUAACCUCUUAUCCCACAUCAUAACCUGAAAGACCACUGCCAGAUGCCUCAGCCUCACCAGAAACGCUUGACUAGAUAGUCUUCCUCCUGAACUUUUCUUUAAUUUUUAAGAAAUAUUUAUGUUUUAAGUCAUGUUUAUUACAUUUACAUUUAAGUCAUUUAG